AGACACACACACACACAGACCUGCUGCCCUCCUCACACACAGGCACUGAACAUGCUGUGGACUCUCUUGUUCAGCUGCAGCUUUUAUCUGCACAGCCAUCUGGUUUCGGCUCAAGGAAUAUCCAGAGAUGGUGAGAUUAUCAAACAGAUUAAAGGCACAAACCAGGAGCUUGCUGAAAUCAAAGAACUACUGAAGCAACAGAUACAAGAAAUAGUUUUCCUGAAGAACACGGUUAUGGAGUGUGAAGCCUGCGGCAUGAGAGCAGUAGAUCCACAGCCUUCAUGUGUUCCCAACCCCUGCCACCCUGGUGUGGAAUGCAUUAUGACACCUAGUGGCAUCAAGUGUGGCCUGUGCCCGGAGGGCAUGACAGGAAAUGGAACUCACUGUACUGACGUUGAUGAGUGUGCUGUAAUGCCAUGUCACAUGGGGGUGAGAUGCAUUAACACAUCUCCUGGUUUUCACUGUGGGCCCUGUCCAGCUGGGUACAUGGGCCCCCUGGUGCAGGGGGUUGGACUCGCCUAUGCAUCUGCCAAUAAACAGGUUUGCGCAGACAUUAAUGAGUGUGAGAACUCAAAUGGAGGCUGCGUGGAGAACUCCAACUGCAUCAACACACCAGGCUCUUUCCGUUGUGGCCGCUGUAAAACUGGUUUUGUUGGGGACCAGGCGAAAGGCUGCAAACCUGAGCGGGCUUGUGGUAAUGGUCAGCCCAAUCCUUGCCACGCCAGCGCAGAAUGCAUUGUUCAUCGUGAUGGACAGAUCGAAUGUGCAUGUGGAAUUGGUUGGGCUGGGAAUGGAUACUUGUGCGGAACAGACACCGAUAUCGAUGGCUUUCCUGAUGAAAAGUUGGAAUGUGUGGAAAGAAACUGUGCAAAGGACAACUGCCUCACUGUUCCAAACUCCGGCCAAGAAGAUGCAGACAAAGAUAGCAUCGGUGAUGCAUGUGAUGAUGAUGCAGAUGGAGAUGGGAUCCUGAACACAGAGGACAACUGUGUGCUCGUCCCCAAUAUCAAUCAGAAGAAUAUUGAUCAGGAUGAUUAUGGAGAUGCUUGUGAUAAUUGCCGUCUGAUUAAAAACAAUGAUCAGAAGGAUACAGAUGGUGAUGGUCAGGGUGAUGAGUGUGAUGAUGACAUUGACGGGGAUGGAAUAAAAAAUGAUAAGGAUAACUGCAAAAAGGUACCAAACCGUGACCAGAAAGAUCGAGAUGGUGAUAAUGUUGGUGAUGCUUGCGACAGCUGUCCCUACGUCCGCAACCCUGAUCAGAUGGAUGUGGAUAAUGAUUUAAUUGGUGAUCCUUGUGACACCAACAAAGACAGUGAUGGAGAUGGGCAUCAGGACUCACGAGACAACUGUCCUGCAGUCAUCAACAGCUCCCAGCUAGACACAGACAAGGAUGGCAUUGGAGAUGAAUGUGAUGAUGAUGAUGACAACGAUGGCAUUCCUGAUCUCCUUCCUCCUGGUCCAGACAACUGUCGUCUGAUUCCAAACCCACUGCAGGAGGACUUUGAUGGUAAUGGCAUUGGCAACGUUUGUGAGAAUGACUUUGACAAUGACACAUAUAGCGACAACAUUGACGUUUGUCCUGAGAAUGCUGAGGUCACUCUCACCGACUUCAGAACCUAUCAGACUGUAGUUCUAGAUCCGGAGGGUGAUGCGCAGAUCGAUCCAAACUGGGUGGUACUUAAUCAGGGAAGAGAGAUUGUUCAGACCAUGAACAGUGACCCUGGCCUGGCUGUAGGCUACACAGCAUUCAAUGGUGUGGACUUCGAAGGGACGUUUCAUGUAAAUACUGAGACGGAUGACGACUAUGCAGGCUUUAUCUUUGGCUAUCAGGACAGCUCAAGCUUCUAUGUGGUAAUGUGGAAGCAAGUGGAGCAGAUUUACUGGCAAGCCAAUCCUUUCCGAGCUGUAGCUGAGCCUGGUAUCCAACUAAAGGCAGUGAAAUCAGACACGGGACCUGGAGAAAACUUGCGGAAUUCACUCUGGCACACAGGCGACUCAACUAACCAGGUGAAACUCUUGUGGAAAGACUCCAGAAAUGUCGGCUGGAAAGACAAGACUUCUUACCGCUGGUUCCUGCAGCACAGACCCCAAGAAGGCUAUAUUAGGGUUCGGUUCUAUGAAGGUCAGCAGAUGGUAGCUGACACAGGAAUUAUUAUUGACACAACCAUGAGAGGAGGCAGGCUGGGGGUUUUCUGCUUCUCUCAAGAGAACAUCAUCUGGGCCAACCUGCGCUACAGAUGCAACGAUACAAUCCCAGAGGACUUUGAGACGUUCAGAACCCAGCAAAUCCAGCUUUUUUAAACACAAACGCAACAUUUUUUACAAGGUUAACGUGUUUUGAGUUGUAUAUAUAUGUGCCAUAUUUCAUACUCAAUUUUUUAUACUUUAAGAACAACAGUAGAUAAGCCUCAAAACCCCAAAUGACUGACAGAUACACUGAUGACACACCGCAUUAGCACUGAGGUCACAAACACCACAAUUUAAAUAUAUAUAUGUAUUUUAAAAACACGUACAGAAAUACAGGUUACAAAAUAUAAAUGAUAUAACAAGAAGGCUCUGAUAUAUGCAGCUGAGACAUCAUGCACAUCCAUAUUUAGCUUUUUUUUUCUGAGAAAGGAAAAAUUACCAGCAAUACGACAAAGACGAAAUCAAUUCCUUCUACAAUCACGAAUAGGAGACAAAGAUGACCACACCAGCACAGCGACUAUAGAACUGGGCCUCUGGAUAGAUCCAACCCAAUGAAAGCUCUAGACAACCACAAAUUAUAUGUCCUAAUAUACCGUUAAUUCCAAUAAAGAGCGAGCACCGUUUAUGCUCGCAAAAUGAAAGACCACAAAGAUCUGAUGCGCAUUCUGUAAUCUAGUCUGUUUACGACGUCUUUUUAAGUGAUGUGACGGCCGACGAAUUAAAAUCAUCCUUACAGAAAGAAAUCAAUGUUGAUGGCACUUAGUUUAUGCUAAUGCUAUGAGUUAAGGGGAAGGCUUGUUAUACUGAUCAGCGCUAACCUAUGGGUCACUAUCAUUAUGUAUAUCAAGAAGUACGUCCCAUCUAGUCAACUACGUCCUUAUUAGUCUUAAUGGUACGGACAUGGUAAUCAUGGUAACUAACUGCUUAGCAGUUCUAUUAAGGCUUAAAGGGGAAUUUACGCUAAAGGGGGUUUGCUCUCACACAAACAACCAGGACACAAAUGAACAAGUCCAACGUACAUGUAAAACCGCUCCGAUAAAACGCCCCAAACAGGCAGUUUGGCUGCAUGCCGCAUGUUCAUCAACAACAGAUUAUUUGACCAAUAAAAACAUGCAGUCUGCCCACAUCUCAUCAUGUUUAACAUGGUAAAGCAACAAACAGACUGAGCCCUUUUUUCGGUUUGCAUUGGGAAGUCACAUAUACGCUUUUCCCUCUGAAUUAGCUUUGCAAUACAGAGAACAAUUCACAAAGAACACCUUCACAAUAAACUGGGGGGGAAAUGCAUGUACAGGGUUGAACAGUCGGCAUUCUCAGAAAGUAAAACAGUCCAAGUUUCAUGAGCAAAGCCACAGCUGAAGCCCCUAUAGGAGCAACAGCCAUGAAGAUUUCAAAGUAAUGCACAUAUGUCAGUAUGAAAGCUGCCAUAUCUUCCAGAUUUCAAAUGGAAACUCAAGAUGCAAGGGCUGAACAAAUCCAUAGGGUGAAGGGGGGGGUGACCCAACUGAAGGAAGUUAACAAACAUGCUGUAACCGUGAUGAACAGAAAAAUGCUACCGUGACCCAAAAAAGCCAACAUAACAGAUCAUAAGAAACAAAAGUGCUUUGGUCAAGCAUUGCCAAGCAGGUCAUUUGGUGUAAUGCACUAUAAUAACACGGAGCCCCAUAAAUACAUUCCGUUUCUAAACAUGAUCAUAGACAUAGUUAUCAGUGUCAAAGCAGACUAGCAUUAAUUAAAACAUGCACUGUCUCUCUGGAAUCUAUUUUGUUGUAUGUUCAGUGAAUCUUUUUGCUGGAAUCAGCCAAGCUAAUGAAGACCUCGUUCUCUAAAGGUAUUUUCUCGUCAUGUUCCUGUGAUAAGGUUUAUAUGUACACUGUUUUCAGGAAAAAAAGUGUCCGAGACAAACACUUUCAUGGAUAACGUGAAAACAAUAGAAGAAAUAUUCUGAAUGGCACAGUUUGAAGAAUAAAAUGGGAGUAUUGCAGUGUUUGUUGUCUAAUAAAUAUAAACCAUCUGAACCAAUCCCUACUUCUCAGCCCUUAGUACACAAUU